CCCACUUUGACAUUCUUCCCAUAACUGCUUUUAAUGUCUUAACCUUCUAACAAUAUGAAUCAUAAUCGUCAAUCAUACCCAUACCAGCAAUAUCAGCAGUACUAUCAACAAUAUUAUUAUAAUGUUAAUGCUCCACCACAAGUACCUCAAGGUGACCCGUCUGCAGCACUCACUUCUGUAAUGUUCCAGUACCAACAACCGUCAUUACCAUUAUCGCCUUCGCAACAACAGCAAUUACCGCAACAACUUAACUAUCACUAUGGACAACCGCCGCCGACAUAUCCUUAUUCUAAUUCACACUUAAAUGGAACUCACAAUAAUUACAUGCAAUUUCAGCAGCCUUCCAAUCAAUAUUAUGCAGAUUAUUAUGCAUUGCCUGAUCAACGUUCGAUCGUCAAAUACGACGACCUUAGUCAGCCAAUAACAGAUAAUAAUACAACAAAAGACACAACAAAUAAGCCUGAACAACCAAAAAAUAGAUCGAAACUCUGCUGCAAUAAAUGGCUAAAGUCAUCAACAGCCAUUGCUCAACAUGAAAAAUUACAUAUAAAAUGCCCUAGUUGUGAUUUUAUGUGUCUACCUUCCGUAAUGGCGGAACACGAGGAAGUUUAUCAUGGGAAAAUAAAUGAAGAUAAAAAAAAGAAGCCACCCAAAGCAGACGGUAUUGUGCCACCGAAUGCGCCUAAAAUUGAGACACCCGAAGAAUUGGAAGCAUGGAUUGCAGCAAGAAAAAAGAAUUGGCCAACCAAAGCCAACCUCGAGCGGAAGCAACAAGAAGAAGCAGAACGAAUUGCAAAAGGAGAGCUACCGAAAUCGAAUAAACGGCGUAAACUGAAUAAUUAUCAACAGCAAAGGCAACAGCAACAGCAAAUACUACAACAACAACAGUUAAAUACUGAAUCACUGGAUCUAGAAGCUUCCACGUCAACAUCACUAGUGGCAGCAGCCUACGAUUCUGAUAAUUCGGACGAUUUUAUGGAUCCGGAAAAGGAUGCCAUUACAUCUAAAGAUCCAUCGGCUAUGGGCAAAAUACUCUUACCGCCAGAGGAAAUUCCACGCAAAAGAUGUAAAUGGUUCGCUUUGGGACGCUGUAAGAAGGGUGAUCAGUGCACUUUCCUUCAUCAAAAACCAGAACACAAAAAAAAUCAGCCGCCUCAACCGAAAAGUGCUGUUACCUUUAAAAGAAGGCCUAAUCUUUUAUACAAGCUGUUGGAAAAGGAGAUUCGGCAGGAAAAGAGUGCUAUAUUACAAUGUCUUAGAUAUAUAGUGGAUAACAAUUAUCUCGGCGAAGGAGGCAGCCAAAAAGCAAAUCAAAGUGCAAUUUUAGAAAGCAAUAAAGAGGCGAUAGAAACAGAGUGCCUAACAGAUGCUCAAACGGGUGAAAAUAUCGGUAAGCGUUCUGCCUCCACUGGUAUGAUUGUGGCAGUACCCACUGUAUCUGACGCAACAAGUACUGCUGAUUGAAGUUCCAAAGUUCUACUGUAU